AUGAGCAGUAGACAAAGCCAAGAAAUCAAAAAUCAAAUUGACAAAGAAAUUCUAGAAAAAAGACCAUCACCAUUAGAAAACGUAACUAAAACGCAUGAACCAGAAUUAACCAAAGUUAUAAUUAACACCCCAAUAAAAGUCCAUAUUAAUUCGCCCGCAAUAAAUAUACAUCAUCAUAACGAUUCCAUUAUAACCAACGACGACGAUAAUUAUAACGACAACUACAGUAAUUAUAUUGCAAGAAAUACAACUUUGCCAGACAGCAACAGCAGUGACAGCAAGAGUGAAGCAUCAAUUGAACAAGAACAAGAAAUAUUGAUAGAAAACUUGGAAGAACAAUAUUGGGAAGACGAGCUUACUCAACAAGUUUUACAAGCACAAAAUCUGAUAGCUAAAAUUGAUCUCGAAAAUACAAAGCAAAAAGAAAAAGAGUUAAGAACAAGUCCAGUCGCAACUAAUAAUUUAAAUAAGGGAAAUAAGAACAACGAUAAUAAAAAUAAAGGUAAUCUUAAUAUCGAGCCCGAACAAAGAAUUCCAAUAAAUAACAAAAUGGCGGACGCAACAGCAAAAAGAUUGGCAGAGAUCCAAGAAACAACACAUCUCAUGACUCUUAUGAACAAAUUAUGUAAAAGUAUUUCCAAUUAUACAGGUAAAUCACAAGAACUCACAAGAUUCAGAAUAGAAUGUGAGGAAAGUCGAGACUAUGUGGGUAAGGACCUAGAAAAGAAUUUAGUUGAAAUGAUAGUACGUACCAAAGUAAGUAGAGAAGUACGUGAUGAUAUGACUAAAAAGAAAUUUGAAAGCAUUGAAGAUUUGAUGAAGUCACUCAGGGAAUUGAUAAGCAAAACCAAAAACGAAAAAGUGUUAAUCGGGGAAGCUUUCAAACUCGUUCAGAGAAAUAAUGAACCCAUAAGAAACUUCGUCAAAAGAAUUCGCGAAUGCACAAAUUUUAUUGAAGAAAUGCAUAUACCCGCAGAAAAUGAAAGACCAAAGCAAAUCAAAAAUGAAAUGAAAGAACUAGCAAAAGACGUACUAAGGUCGGGAAUCAAGCCUGAACUUGGUGAUUACAUAAACUGGUCUGAAGAUUAUGAAAAGAUUAUACAACAAGCAGCAGAGAGAGAGGAAGAAUUAGCCAGAAGGGCAACAUUAGGCAGAGAAGAAACUAAGAAAAGAACUUUCAAAGUUACCUUUUGCCAAUUAUGUCAAGAAAAAGACCACGUAGCACCACAAUGUAAAUUAGCUAAGCCUCAAAUAGCAGGGGACGAAAAACCUACGUCAUUUAAAGAAAUGAAGGUAUGCUUCAAGUGUAGACAAAAGGGACAUUUUGCAAGCGAAUGUACUCAAGAGUUUAUCACUUUGAAACAAUGCACAAAAUGUAAAAACCAUUCAGAACAAGAUUGUUGGAAAAAUAAGAAUCAACAAAAAUGCCAAUUGUGUGACAGUACGGAACACAUAGCAAAAAAUUGCCCAACAAUCGCGUCAAAACUAGAAAAUGACAAAGUAUGUCAGAUUUGCGACAUUAAAGGUCAUGACGCAAAAACCUGCUAUAAGAUUGGAAAUUAUGUCCGACCACAACAAAACUACGCAUCACCAACAUGCCAAUUAUGCGGAAUAAGGGGGCAUGCUGCAAGAAAUUGCGGAAUGCAACGAGAAAAUCAACAGCGUCCGCAAGUAAGAUUCAAUGAAAAACCAACACCAAUGUGGAAUCAACGCCCUACUUGCCAACUAUGUAAUAUAAUUGGUCACCAAGCAAAAGAUUGCAAUCAGCGACGACGGUCGAACAAUGGUUAUAAUAAUGGUUAUAAUAAUGGUUACAAUAAUGGUAAUAAUGGUAGCUAUUAUAAUGGUAAUAAAAAUGGCUACAAUAAUAAUUACACGAACGGUUAUAAUAAUGGUAAUAAUAUAGGUAAUAAUAAUGGUAACAUGAUUGGUAAUAAAUAUGCGGAUAAUAGAAAAGACGGUUCAAUUCGAGGGUGCGAUUUCUGCAAGGGUGAUGAUCAUAUAGAAAUGAAUUGUGUUAAGAAAAAAUUCCAACAAAGAGUGCAGGGAAACUUGCAACCGUCCCUCUAA